AUGAAUUGCUCCCCAGACCGCGAACGGAUGUCAUCGGAUGAGGACUUGGUGGCCAAACUUCGCCAUCGGUAUGUAGAAUUACAUUCGAAUAACCAGUUCGAUGAUGAUGAUCAGUCGUUCUCGAGAUUGCUCGGUGAAUCUUCAGAGAAAAAAGUUCAGGAAUACCUCGAUGGGCUUGCUGAAGCUUACAGCAAAGUACAAGGACUCUCCCCAGAUCUUCGAAAUUUGUUGUGGCAAAAGUUUCUUCACAGAGUUCUUGGCGGCCGGGACUUUCUGGUGGCAUUUUACCAAGUCAAACAAGGUAGCGACUUUGACCAGCAACUUAUCAAGCUCGCGUUCUUCCAUCAAUAUCCACGUUGGGCUCAACAAGAAAACGUUGACGAGAAACGGAUGCUCGAGGCACUCGUCGCAGGCUCUGUUGCCGCAGGAGAGGAACUUCUUACUGCCGUAGUAACUGACUCCGAGCAUGUCAAGAUUGUCCAAGCUGGUUUCAAACACGAUUACUUAAGGCAUGAGACUGUUGCGCUACCGAUUCUCAAACGCAUCAGCAAAGCUGCUGAAGAAUGGUCUACAGAUCAUCUCGUCCCACUUACCUCCUUGGUUGGUCCGAGUAUGAUUGGAAAGACCCGCUUACUCCAACAACUUUCGAAAAGCAUAUGUGUUAUUUACCUCUGCCUGCGCCCACUUGGUUCGACUGGGCUACCCCCGAGGUCUAAGCUUGCUGAUGAGCUAACUCCUGCCAAGACGACAGCUCCUGAAUUAGAACUACACUAUACACGACUUCUGGCUGCUAUUUUCGACGUGGUAGCAGAAUUCUUCUCCAAACAACUAGCCCCACAUAGCGAAGAGGAACGACUACAGCAAUGGUUUGACUUUAAUGAUAAAUCUGGGAACAAGUUUGCAUCUAGAGUUGUUGAGAGACUAAAACAGAUUGCGCACAACCAGCGUGAAGCUUCUGAAUCACUCCAGACCAAUUUAGAGAAACUGCACAACAAAACACGAUUUGUUGAAAACCCUCACCUCAAGGUAUUGCUGGCCAUUGAUGAAGCCAGGUUACUUGUGCAGCUAGAAACAAGUGAUCUCUCGCGGGUCACAUACUUUCAGAUUCUUCAGCGGAUUUUGUCAAAGAUACCAAGCUCAAAAGGAUUCUUUGCCAUUGUUACGGACACCACAAUCAAAGUGGCAGAUUUCAAUCCCACUCUGUACAACGAUCCCAGUCGACCACGGACAUGGGAAGAAUUGUUAUCACCGCGGCGGCUUCUCAGUUAUGGUGUCCCGUUUUUUGGAGUUUACGUUAAGGAAGCAGAGGCAAGAGGGAUGUCAAUUUCUGCAAUUGUCACAAACAUCAGAGAAAUUGCCAUUGCCAAGUUAUUAUGCAUUCCACCCACCUCAACUCUCUCUGAAGGUCAAAUGUUUGCUAUGCUGGGUUCUACCAUUCAGCCACAAAUCUAUGAAGCAGCAAGAUUGAAUUCUGAAUUGAUUUCAAGUCAUUUGGCUCACUGCUUGUACAUUUCGCCAUCUGGCAAAAGAAUCAUUAGCGGAUACCCAUCUCAGUUCCCUCUCUCCAUGGCGGCUAACUACUUCCUUGCAACCGACAACAAUAGGUUGAUCUCCUGCAUCAAGGCCCUCACUGUCAUUCUGCAACAAGGACUCAUCUCCUCGGGGAAUGCUGGGGAAUUAGCUACUCGAAUCAUCUUGUUGCGGGCGAUGCACAAAGCCAUGUCAAUUUCCACCCAGACACACAUUCCGUAUGGGUGCUCGGUCAAAUUGGUGGAUUUCUUAUACUGCUUAACUGGACUGGAAGAGGAAAACCUGGACCUCGGUAACAUAGCACCUCAGCAGAAAAAACGGCUCUUGGCUAAAGGUCGAAUCUUUUGGAACCACUUUGUGCAGAUUACUUACACACCAAAUGCGGGGGAUUUUUUGGAAUUCUUGUACCGAGGUCUGGCGAUACAAUGUAAGCCCAACCAGCCGGCAUUCGACCAACUGUUUACGAUUUACCUUGAGUCAGAUCAGCCAAACUCAGCACUCAAUCAAGACCACAUCUCAUUUUGCGGCAUACAAGCAAAGAAUGAACAAGUUGACUUUAUGAAAGAAAUCCCCAAGUGGACAGAUCAGUAUGCAGGCAUCACAAUCAACUCCAAAAACCCUUAUCUUGUCAUUAUCUUCAGCUUUAAAACCAAAUCAACUCCUCAAAAGCUACCAGAAAUUGACAAUAGAGGUUCUCUCAUCUUUCACGGCCUCAGUCAAAUCGACUGUCUGACAGAUGGAAUGUCUGAAGCCUUACAAGAACUACUAGCUGUUGACCCAGACAUUCGGGACUUCCACAACGACAAACACAUGCAAACAUUCAUUGAGACCAUUUGCCCAAUUGUUUACCCCGUGAGACGCCCUGCCUCUGAUGUUGAAUUAAAUGGUUUGGACUCUGAUAUCAAUCUGGAUGCACUUAGCAAGGCUCAAGAUUUGGACUGUCAAAUGAAUGAUUGA